AUGAUACAGAGCGUCCAGGAAGCCACCGGCCCAGGCGCCAGGGAGAUCCGUCCAGACCGGCGCGGCUCCGGGGUGUCCCGCGGGACGCCGGAGUCGCUCCGGGAGCCGCCCGGAGUAUCGAACGACCCCCCUCCUCCCCCCCGGAGUCCCCUCGCCGGCCCCCGGGCCGCGCGCGUAGACGCCGACCGUGGUCGCGCCUGGCCGGAGGAAGGCAGCGGGGCCAGCUCCGAGGAGGACGACCCCGGGGUGUCGGCGUCCAGCCUGCGCGGGCCGCACUUCGACCCCGCCGCCUCGCGCAACACCACGGCGCUCGUCGGCAAGACGGCCCGCCUCAACUGCCGCGUGCACAACCUCGGCAACCGGACGGUGUCGUGGGUGCGGCACCGCGACAUCCACCUGCUGACGGUGGGCAGGUACACGUACACGAGCGACCAGCGCUUCCAGACCAUCCACUCGCCGCAGACCGAGGACUGGACGCUGCAGAUCCGCUACCCGCAGCGGCGCGACUCGGGCACCUACGAGUGCCAGGUCAGCACCACGCCUCCCGUCGGCAUCUCCAUGCGCCUGUCGGUGGUCGAACCAAUAACGAUCAUCGUUGGAGAGCCAGACAUGUACAUAAACAAAGGAAGUACAAUCAACCUGACUUGUAUCGUGAAGCACAGUCCGGAACCGCCGUCAGCCAUCUACUGGACACACAACAUGGAGGAGAUCAACUACGACUCGCCGCGCGGCGGGGUCAGCGUCAUCACGGAGAAGGGCGACGUGACGACCAGCUACCUGCUGAUCCAGAGGGCCGUGGCGCCCGACUCGGGCAAGUACUCCUGCAACCCGUCGAACGCCAACCCCAAGACGGUGGUGGUCCACGUCCUCAACGGAGAGCACCCGGCCGCCAUGCAGCACGGCGGGCAGCUGAGGCUGCAGCACCCCGUCGGGGUGUUCGUGUUCAGCGUCCUCGUCGCCGUCCUGGGCACCUGA